AUGCCCGGCGUCAUCAUGGAACAUGCCAGCGUUGAUAUAUCUUCGCGACAUUCAAAUCUCAAUGAACAAACGAAUGGUGCGCCAAGUCACGACAAAAAUGGCCGCCUCCCUAUGUCCACGAACGGGCCGGUCCACGGGAAUGGCAUGGGGAGCGACACCACUACUUGCAAUCAGUCCGGAAAACCAACAAUUGAAAGCGCAGUAGUGCCAUUUGAGCUACCGCAUAUUACGCAAGGGUUUUUUCUUUUCAGCACACUCCUCAACCGGGCAGUACAACAAUGCUGGAAUGACCUAUCUGAGUUGGUGACAGAGCUGGCUGCAGUUCAUGUCUCCAACGAAAGCUCAGCUAUUCAAAAUUCAAAUGGGAAGUUUCCAGGAAACCAGUCUGCGGAGAAUGUGCACAAAAAAGUGCGCAUUCUGGACUUUGCUCAAGCUAAGAGAGCGGAGUUCAUCAAACUCUUGGUUCUCUCCCAGUGGGGUCGCCAGGCGGCCGAGGUAAGCCGGCUUAUUGACAUACAAGGCUUUAUUCGCACUCGGCACCAAGCGUAUAUGUCCGCGGUUCAAUUCGUAGGUGAAAUGAAACGGGACCUUGUUCGAGCGCAAAUGGCCAAUCCAGAUCUCAAAACGGCAUUGGAAGUUCUUUCGAAAGGCAGUGUAGCAACUCUCACACAUCUCGGCUACAAACCUCCCAGGCCCUUGACCGCGAGGGCCACUCUCAAAAAAUUACAUAAAAUCAAUCGAAUCAUUGGUGUGCGGCUGGCGCUCCAUGACCAAGUGCCGUUUCCAUUGCGAAAUUAUCGCGUCCACGAUGGACGGGUCACGUUCAUUGUACACGAUGAAUUUGAACUAGACCUGUCUGUCGCAGAAGAAGCGAGCACCUCACAAUUUUUUUUCGUGGAUAUCCGAUUCCUCUUCUCGCCCUCAUCCCCCAUACCAAAGGGGAAAGUGUUUAAUGAACUGGAUGCGAGGAUCAACCAAAUUCUUCAUAGCGAUGGUUUGAUAGGAUGUUUUGAUUUCCUUCAUGGCUUGGUUUUGACAAAUAAGAUCAACAUUCUCUUUAAACAAGCAGUCGAUCUUGCGCGAAGCUUAUGGUCAGGUGCUUUGAGAAUUGAAUUUCUCCAUCGAACGCUCGUUCUCCAAUACUGGAUAGCUAGAGCAGGACCUAAAAGCUGGCUAGAAAUAGGUGUCCAAAGAGGCCGUCGGAACAAUGAACUCCAUGGAACCGCCUAUGCAGUGCCACGAAUCGGCCUUCGCUGGAUACGGGAUGGCCAACAAGCUAACGGGAGUGACAUCCAAUUUGAUGCCAGCGACCUAUCUAUGGAGCGUGUCAUGCGAAGUGUCAUUGCUCUCCAUACAUCUCAUCUGCUAUUCACUGCCUAUACUUCCCUCAAGAAGAGCAUCUUGUUCUCAGACCAUGUUCUUUCUUUACGGGCUCAACUAUCCCUCACAGAGCCUGGCGAUUGCUUUCUCGGUGUUCAAUUAACACCAUCCCGUUCUCUUCGAGUUUCCAUCGAACCAUCAUCUGGUUCAAUUACCCUAUCCGGCGUGCCAGGUAUAUCAGAACGUCACGAGCCUGAGCGAGCCUCAAAUAAAUCGGCAAUUGAAGAACUCCUGGCCCGUGUCGCCAGGGUUCGCUGCGCCACUGCCAUUGACGAAAUUGAAUUCGGUAUCAAAGCCCUUGGCCUUGAGAGUGUUGGCCCGAGAGGUUUAGGGCUUGAUCCUCGUCGGCUAUUCCCCGCAAAUACAAUGCGAUCCGCCUUUUUCACCCAUUCUCUUUGGGAUCGUGGUUGGGUAGCUGCGGUGACAAGUAGUAUGGAUGGUGAUAGCUGGUGGUUGGUCCAAGUCCGGUUUACGGAGCCCCGCAAUGCAUCCGUCCAUCUUGUAAGAAACACUCUCAUGUCAAGCCAACGGCGGUUUGACUACUCAGCGUGUGCAGAAUUCUUACAUGGCCUCACUGGCAUGUUAGCGAUUUGCUCCAACGGCCAAUUUCUGGCCGAUCUACCUGAUGCACCUUCUUUCCCUCCGCUGGAAAAGAUGCAGUUGGGAUCGGACUUCCAAGUGCCGGAUCUGUUUGUUCAUUACAAACCAGCUGCACUCCCUCCAGCUCUCCGGAUAUCCUUGCCCGCGGGAUCAGAGCGAGCUUCCUAUCUAGAAGAUACAAUCCGGCUUUCAUUUCACGGCAUUGACCGCCAAAGUCAAUCAGCUGUACUGAUGGCUUACGGUACUUUCCGAUACCGCAUUAAGGUCCUCCCCACCCUUGUAUCUCAAAUGGAUCCUUUACUCGUCAUGCAAGACAAAGGUUGUGGGUUUGCCUUCCGCCUUCUUGUCCCUGCGGGCCACUCCAUUAUUGUUGGCUUGUUUGAACGGCUGCAGAGAUUCGACUGUGUGCUGUCAAUUCUCCAGUCUCUGAUUCAGAGAAACAUGACACCCCAGUCGCUAUCACUUUCUCACCUUGCGUUCACAUAUGGAUCCGAUAAGCAGUUUGGGGCUCGAUUCGACAUCAACGUUUCGGGCCCUACUCUUGCUGAUCAUGUUGAGAACUCUCGGGCUCUUUACAGCUCAGAUCCUUUAUUCAGCUUACAACUCAGGAUCAGCUUUGACAACCCAAGCCCCCAUCGACGUAUACAGCAAGCGCUGACUGUGGUCUUGAACCAACGUUUCACAGAAACAGGCGUGAACUCUGUUUUAGGCUUCAUGUCUGACACCUUUCCGCUCUUGCAGUGCUUGGAUCGAAUUACCAAAUCUACUCCAACAGAAUCUUCUAUUGUCCACGUUGUUGUUCGCAGUCCAACGGUCUUUCAAUUUCAUUACCCUCAGCUCAGCCGUCGAUAUCGUCUAUCCGCUCGUCCUCGGAAGGGUCGUAUGCUAUGGUUACUUGAAAACUCCAGUCAAUCUGAACCAUCUGAAAAGAGUCAUUCGGCAAGCAUUACCAGGGAAAGAAUUUAUAAGUCAAAAGGUGAUGGUUGGCAAGGUCUUGGAGAUGGUGCUAUCGCUUCACUUGAAAAAAUUGGCAAUCUGCUCUCGGAGCUCCAUUCGUGUUUGAGUACCUGCACACCGGAGCCAAAUCAGCAGAAACUUGCAACCACGGGCCAGAAGCCUAUUACAUCGGAGCAGUCAAAACAAAAUGCACCUUCUGGUGCUGUCAAGCUAGAAGCGAUCCCCCUCCAAAAACCAGAUACCCUGGGGAAAGCCGAUGUCAUUACAAUCGACUAA